AUGGUUCAACAAGCCACUCCAUCGGAAAAAAUAAUAGGUUUCAAUGCCUCGAACGUGGACCAGAAUAAAAGAAAAGCAGACCAGCAAGAGCAAAUAAAUCGGACUGUCAUGUCGAAGAUUCUACGUGUAUUAUUCUUCCCUAAUCCGGAGAAAUUACCUAUAAAAGAAGUGGUUGAAGUUUUCCUCAAAGAAGUGAUGCGUUAUAACCUAGAAAAAGAUCCAAGUGCACUGUGCUGGUACAAAGUAAUAGGGAGUAAAAAUGAUUCUAUACAUUUUAAGGCCGAGAUGUCCUACGCGUUUUGGCAACACUUCCUUGAGAAGGGUCGAAAGCACCUUAUCGAAUACAACAAGUCCAAACGUACAUUUAUAAAGGUAGUGCGAGGCCACACCGUGAAGGCUGGGGACGCGGAAAAUCUUAGUCUGUAUAUGCGUUUGAAGAUCAGGAAAUACUUAGAAACAGAAUGUUUACCUAUACCGGAAAUGACUGUUAAGAACGCCUAUUUAACCAUAAGGGCUUAUAACGGAGAAAACAUUGAACGUCAAAAUACGAGAAAAAGAGAAGCUCCAAGUGAUGGUGCAUCAACUAGCAAGUUAGCCAGAGUUGACGAGAAUUUGGAAGAGGAGGAGCAAAUAGAGACAGUUGAAGCUGCAGACAAUUAG